UUGUGUGGAAAGCGUACGUGACACUGAACGUAGAACUUUAGAAGGGAGAAUAGUGGUGAAGUUGGUGAGUACAUCUCGCCAUUUUUUUUCAGAUCUCAGUAUUUACCGUCCACAUACCACACGCAAGUACAUAGUAACCAGAAUUAUCACAGUAACAGCCUCUGAUUUAAAAAAAUAGCUUCCUAUAUAAGUCAACGAAUAAUCUAAAACUUAAGUGUUACAGAAAGGGUCUGUUGCAGGUUAGGGCCUGGUUCUACGAUAUUCAUUCUGAUACGUGUUAAGCCUAACGACAGGACAGCAUAUCACUCCAAUUUAAAUUCAAAAGGCUCAGGCUGUUUCGAGUUCUGGAAAGGUGGCUUAUCUUAGGAAUUUAAUUUUAUCAUUCCAUCGGGACGAAACGCCAAGAUGAGGCAAGAGAUUCAAAGUGCUACAGACUUCCUUACGAGUCUUCUUCGACUUAAGAAAUCACUUGAUUCCAACCAACUUGAAAUGUUCCGUAACAAUUUAGAAAAUAUGCUUAACCAUCACUACCAACAACAUUGGUUUCCAGAUAAUCCUUUUAAAGGCUCUGGAUAUCGCUGCAUCAGAAUCAACCACAAAAUGGAUCCAGUUAUUACAAAAGCUGGAAAAGCUUGUGGUCUUGAUGAAGCUAGACUUCGUCAAGAGUUUCCUAAUGAGCUUGCUCUGUGGAUUGAUCCUCGUGAAGUGUCAUACAGAAUUGGUGAAAAUGGUAGCAUUUGUAUCAUCUAUGAGGGAAGUAAGCUGUCAUCGGAAUCCUUCGAUUCUAGGUGCAAUAAUGAUAACGCUGUGAGUAGUUUUCCUAAUGAAAAUGGGUCUUACCACAAUGGAAGUCAGCUUUACCUUCCUAGUUUGAGAAAAUUCCCAAGAGCUAGUUGUAAAGAUAAUGUGUGGGGGAAUAUGAGCUUGGAGCAGCUGGCAGCUUAUGUUUCCAGUUAAGGUUACAAUUAAUCUGCCAAAUCUCUAAUUGCUCACAAAAGAAGUUUUCAAAUUGUGAUCUCUUUCAUAUUUUGUUUCAUUCAUGGGUUUUUGUGUAUUGUAAGAAUCAAAUUUAAGUACUGUAAAUUUAGAAUCAUGAACAUUGGAAGUACAAACAGUUUCAAAUAAUACACCAUCACAGCUAUUAAUGCACCAUCUCUGCUCACAUUUUGAUGAAUCUACCCCUGAUUCUAAAUUAUUUUGUCCAAGAAUGAAUGAUAAAUGGUAUAUUUUGUUUUUGUGCUAUCACAGUCUCUUACAUUUUUAUACUGAGAAAAAAAAAUUUAUACUAUUUUGCAGUAAAAUAAUACCUUCAGGUUAGACUUACUAGAGUGUAUUCUUUAUACCAGAUAUUUUAUUGAAUUUUUAAAUUAAGAAAUUGGGAUAUAAGUUACUACAUUUGUGUAUUCUUUAAAGUGUAUGAAUAGUUUGUACUGUUUGAUAAGAUAAAUUUUUGGAAUUAAUUAAUUAAUAGCUUAUCUUUAGCUAUGAUCUUAUAUUUCAGAAUAUGACAAAAUUUAAAAUUGUAAUUUAGCAGCUACUAGUGUAUAACAAUAAAGAAUACAUAUGUUACUUUAAUGUAAAAAAUAUAUAUAAAUGCAUUUUUGGGUUAUAUUUUUACAAAAAUGUUGAAUAUUUGCAGUUCACAUGCACUUCUACAGGCAAUUUAAAGUACUAUUUUUUUUUAUUACCCUGGUAGAAAUUUAUUUAUGGAAUUCUUAUUGGUUAAGAUUUUGGGAAGUAUACAACUGGUUUGAAAUGUUUCAGUGUCAAGACUAUGUAAAGAUUUUUUCGUUUUUAAUGACAUAAUUAAAGUGAAUUAUUCAUUUGUUUUGCACUGAAAUGCUUAGUGUGUUAGUUCUGAGCACAUAAUGCAUAUCGAAAUAAAGAAGGGUACUUUUGGGGAGACCAGAAGUGUGAAAGUUUAUAUAAGAUGCUUUGUAAGAUAAAGUUACAUUGAUGCUGAAUAGAAUUGUGUAACAACAAUACAUCAUGAAAUUUGGUGAUAUGAUUGCUGCUCAAGAUCAAUUUGCUGCUAACAUUGUCUUGUAUUUUCACAACCAGAUACUUUAAUUUCUGGGCAAGGUAUUAAUUUAGUAUUAACUAUGAACAACAUUGUUGUUGUAUAAAAAUAUAUUGGUGAUACUACUAAUGUAAGUUAAUUGUGAAUUUCCUACCAUUUAAUCUAAGUUAAUAUGUGAACAAGUCACAUACACUUGUUGAUAGUCACUGGUAUUUCUUAAACGUCCAAGUCAUGUGUGUUUUUUUUUUUUAUGCCUUGUUUCUGAAGCCCCACCUUAUCUUGGGGCAGAUGAUGUAAUUUGAGAAAGGGUGCAUUUGUUUCAGCAACUGCUGAAAAACUGUAGUCUGUGGUAAGCAUACUGUACAAAAGACUUCCUGUACAAAAAAUUCUGUAUAAAUCUUAAAUCUAUUUUAUCUGUACAGUAGUGUUGAUAUAGGGGCUUUUGUACAGUGACCACAAUAAAAGAAAUACCUAUUGUGAUGAAAAA